AACAGACGAACAAACUGUAGGUUUAACGGGUGAAUUUUUAUUAUUAUACCAAAUGUUAAACAAGAAGAUUGAUUUUGUCGACAAGAAGAUUGAUUUUGUCGACAAGAAGAUUGAUUUUGUCGACAAGCAAAUUAAUUUUCUCAACAAUAAGAUUGAUUAUCUUGACACAAAAGUGAAUCAGUUUGAUAGAAAAAUUAAUUGUAUCUAUGAAAAGUUGGCUAUCGAGAGAAUUGUAAAAACCUUAGAAUCAAAACACGAGAUCACAUUCGAUAUUGUCAAUUAUCCCACUAAUCGUGUCUUUUCUUCGAAAACAAAAAAUAUGAAACAAUUUUUUUCCGAUUUUGCCGCACGCAUGGAAGAAAAAUACAAGUUAUGGACAAAUUAUCCACAACUGGUAUUAUCCCGGAAACCAGCACAAUUAGAAUUCGAUAUGAUUGGCUUUGGUUAUAAACGGUUGUCAAAUAAGCAAACACCAACCAGUGAUAAUCAAUUUACAACGAGUACAAAACAUAAGACCAAAUUAAUAACAUCACCAGUUUUUGCUGAAGAUUAUCAACGACCGUCAUCAUUGACAUAUAUUAAUCGAUUCAAACAAUCCAGAGUCAACCAUUUAUUAGUAUUGGAAGCCACCACUAGUAAUGUUGAUUUUGAUGAACAAAUAUUACCCAUGUUUAUGCAACAGACAUCAACAGCAUGUAAUAGUGAUAUUUUUUAUAGAAUGAGGACAUAUCUGCACAAGCUAUUACAACUGGAGCGGCAACUAUAUUUUUUGUUUCAAUAUUAUUAUCCAUUGAACAUGGAACAAGUAUUUGCCUAUCUAUCUUUGUUCCAAUACAACAUGAAUGAUAUUAAUCCGACAACUAUUCUGGAAAAAGUGUUAAAAUCAGACUUUCAAGAGUGUAUACCGUUAAUAAAUGAACUACACACAAAAAAAAGAUUUUUUAUUAUUUAUUAA